AUGGAUCCAGUUGAGUCAUUAAUGAUUGAAAUACAUUCUUUACAAGAAGAAAUUGGAUUUUUGCACCAAAAAAUCGAGACUCUUCAGUUAGACAAUUAUGACUCCCGACUAACAUUAAUGGAAAUUGAAUUAUCAAAAAAAACUGUUGCUUAUGAAGAGUUAGAAGAAAAAUAUGUUCAGUCAUUAGGAAAACAAAGUGUUUUAUCAAAAGAAAAAUCAUUAUUAGAAACAAAAGAAAAAUAUAUGCUCGUUGAGUACCAAAGUAAAUUACAAGAACUUCAAGAAUGGUGUGAAAAUCUUAAACAGGAAAAUAAAGCUUUGAAAAGUGGAAAAAAAUUUGAUAAAAAACAAAAAAUAACAAAAGGUGUUAUUCAACCCCCUCAAACUAUUAAAAUAGAUGAGUCUGUUAUUCAAAACAAUAAUAUUCAAACUAAUCCUUUCUUAGACCCUUCUUUAAAUCAAGAAUUAAAUAAUACAACACCACAACCUGAUAUACAAAAAAAUAAAAUUGAAACAAACCCUUUCUUAGACCCAUCUCUUACACAACAACCAAUAACUACACAUGAAAAAACAACUGAAACUAACCCUUUUUUAGAUCCUUCUUUAAAUCAACAAUCAACAACUACUCUUCAAGAAAAUGAAAUACAAACUAAUCCUUUUAUUGAUACUUCAACAAAACAACAAAAUCAAAGUUCAAAUCCUUUCACUGAUAAUUCAUCUCAAAUGUUAAAUCCUCUUAACAAAACUGAAAAAAAAGAAACUAACCCAUUCUUAGAUGAGUCAUUGAUAAAUCAAAUGACUCAACAAAAUUCCAAUCAACCUAAGUCAGUUUCAAAAGGUUCUUCACAAGUUAAUGUCAUAAUUCAUUCUACAAGUACAAAUGAAAUAAAAGAAAAAGUUCCAGAGAAAAAACAAUUUGUAUUAGAAAAACCACAAGUUGUUAUUAAACCAGAAUUUUCCAACUUUGGAGUUGAUGAUUCUUCAUCAGAUAAUGAAAUUAUUACAAAAAGUACGAAUAAUCAAACAAAAGGACUUAUUGAACUAAAAGAGAAAAAUGAAGUAUUAAAGAAAGAAAAUGAAAAAUUAAAAUUACAAUUAACAGAGUCUAUUGAAAAAAAUAAUGAAUUAGAAUCUGUUAUGAAAAGAAGUAUUGAUGACAAAACAACCAUUAUUCAAACAUUACAAAAUAAUAUUGUUUCUUUAGAAAAUCAAUUAAAACAAUCAACAUUUAAACAAAAACAAUUAGAAAGUAAAUUAGAAGAUUAUACAAAAGCUUCAUCUGAAGAAGUAGAAGAAAAUAAUAAUUAUUUAUUACUUAAUGGAAUUUGUGUUGCUUUAAAAAUGGGGAAUCCUGAUUAUGAAAAAACUCAUUUAAGUGUUAGUACUCUUUUUGAACAAGUAAAAAAUAAAAAAAUACCAUUAUGUCAAUGGCCCUUAUAUGUUUCUACAACAUUUGAUAAUGAAGUUAAUGAAAGAAAUGAAAAUGAUGUAGUUUGA